GCCCAUUUUUUGUAAAAUUGCUGCUGACGCGUCCAAUGUGUCUGAGGGCUACAGUUUGUAAGAAUCAUGGUGGUUUUCGGGACGUUUCAUCUACAACUACCUAUGUUUCUGGUUUUCCAGUCUUUAUUCCAUGGAUGCCAGAGUUACUUCUCUGAAGAGAGACAACCCGAAGAAUCCGAGCUUCAGCCGCCUACUGUGGUGAUAGCGAUAAUCGCUCGCAAUGCAGCCCAUUCGCUCCCUUAUUAUCUUGGGUCUUUGGAAAGGCUGGACUACCCCAAGAACAGAAUUUCCUUUUGGUGUGCAACAGAUCAUAAUAUUGAUAACACAACUGCAAUUUUGAGAGAAUGGUUGACAGUGAUGCAAAAGUUUUAUCAUUCCAUCGAGUGGAGACCCAGGGAUCAGCCAGCAUCUUAUGUUGGGGAGAUGGGACCCAAACAUUGGACCAAAAGCCGUUAUGAAUAUCUAAUGAAACUGAAGCAAGCAGCUAUCAACUAUGCCAGAAAGAAAUGGGCAGAUUAUAUUUUGUUUGCAGACACAGAUAACAUCUUGACUGACAACCAGACUUUGAAAGAGCUCAUAGCUGAGAAUAAAACAGUGAUAGCUCCAAUGCUUGACUCACAGGCAGCAUAUUCCAAUUUUUGGUGUGGCAUAACCCCACAGGGCUAUUAUCGCAGAACUGCUGAGUACUUCCCCACAAAGAAUCGCCAACGAAGAGGCUGUUUUGCUGUACCAAUGGUUCACUCUACUUUUCUGAUUAACUUACGUAAAGAAAGUAGUCGUAAUCUUACCUUUUAUCCACCACAUUCGGAGUAUACGUGGCCAUUUGAUGACAUCAUAGUCUUUGCAUUUUCCUGUAAAGUGUCAGGUGUCCAGAUGUACCUAUGUAAUAAAAAAAGAUAUGGUUACACCAAUGCUCCUGCCAAGCCACAACAGACCCUAGAGGAUGACAGCCUCAAUUUUGUUCAUCUCAUCCUAGAGGCAAUGAUUGAAGGCCCCCCUAUGUUCCCAUCUCAGUACCUCUCUUUGCCAGUGAAACAUCCAGAUAAAAUGGGAUUUGAUGAGGUAUACAUGAUUAACUUGGUGCGGCGCACAGACAGACGAGAAAGGAUGCUUUCAGCACUGUACGAGUUGGAAAUACACCAUACUGUGAUUAAUGCAGUUGAUGGCAGCUUCUUGACCAGCAGUGACAUGACAGUUUUGGGGGUUAACCAGCUACCUGAGUACUCUGAUCCACAUUCAGGACGAGCUCUUACUAAAGGAGAAGUCGGUUGUUUCUUAAGCCAUUACUUCAUAUGGAAAGAGAUUGUUGACAAUCAUUUGGCAAUGGCACUAGUGCUGGAGGAUGAUGUUCGGUUUGAGAGCUUCUUCAAGAGGCGCCUGAAGAGAUUAAUGGAACAAAUCCAACUGGCCGAACUGGACUGGGAUCUCAUCUAUCUUGGUCGGAAACAGGUGAACCACACUGAGCAGGAAGCAGCAGUAGAAAAUGUGCAGAAUCUUGUGGUGGCUGGUUAUUCUUACUGGACAUUAGCAUAUGUUAUCUCUCUGCAGGGGGCCCACAAACUCAUCAAUGCAGAACCACUCUCCAAAAUGCUUCCAGUGGAUGAGUUCCUUCCCAUCAUGUAUGACAAGCACCCAAACGAAGAUUAUAAACAGCACUUUCCUAAUCGAAACUUAAAAGCCUUCUCUGUACGUCCUUUGCUGAUUAACCCUACUCAUUAUGCUGGGGACCCACUCUGGGUCAGUGACACCGAAACUUCAACAAUUUGGAAUGAUGACUUCACAAAAACAGACUGGACGGGAUCAGAGAAAAUUAUGAGAGAUACAAGGAUGGAUUCACGUCACAGUUCACAGCCUACCUUCAGGGAGGAGCUCUAGCAUAUGCUACCUACUGCUACAGGCAGAUUUUCUUCACUGCACAGAACAAUGGAAGUUUUGACGGGUUCCAGCUUUCCUUCUUCAGAUCCAAGGUUAUCCUGUUGAAUAGUGUGAAGAGAGUUAUUAAGUUCCAGCAAACCUUGUGAUAGGCAGACCUAAGUAAAAUGUCUGUCUGAAAUGAACAUCUCUUGAGUCCCUUCUGAUUUUGAAGGAUUUGUGAGAUUUUGCCUCAGGAUUUUGUUUCCCUGACUUUUGCUGCAGGAUUUUGCCACAUCCAUCAUAAUUUUUGUAAUUUUGUGAGAAAAGUGAUAAUUGAAGUCAUUAAAUAAUUCCUGAUAUUACAACUGAAACUUUUUUCAAAAGUGAAUAUUAAUAAAAUACUUUUGUUUUGUGUGCUGAGUGAGUAAUACCACUGUUUUAAGUGUCCAUGAUCUGAUGCUUUUGAUCACGAGUAUGUUUGGCCUUGUCCUUGAUUUUAGAGAAAAUAGGUUGAUAUAUUUGGAAUGGAAUGCAUGCAUUGAUGAAUUUGAUCCACUUUGUAACAGUUACUGCAAUAUAUGAUAGUACAUUUUGACAGUUAAUUAUUUAUAUAUUGCAAAGACAGUGGCCAACAACUAUGUGAUAAUUUAGUGACUGGUAUUAUUAAUUUAUAUUAACUUAAAACAUUUCUUUGAUCUCUUGUUUGAAUUUGGAUGUACGUCAACAAAACUUUGCACGUUUAAUUCAGUAUUGUGCGACACUGUAUAUUUUCCUGGUGUUUAUGUUCAUUUUCUCUUUGUUUUCCAGUUCCAUCUCACCUUCCAAAACCAUGAUUGUUAAUUGUCCAUAAUAUUGUACUUUACCUUGCCUUUGUGGUCUAUGUCAUGGAUGAAAAAGUUAUGUGGAGCAAUCCCUUAUCUUGUUACCAAAUGCUAAAUAAAUAAAUGAAAUAAAACCAUUACCAUUA